CGAAGAAGAAGUGAACUUUGUUUCCAGCAGGUUUGUGAGUGUUUGCAUGAAGAUGCUGGUGAAGAAAUGACAGCUGUGCUGUCUGACUGAUCAACAGAUGCCUUCAUCAUGAUGCUGAGCUGCAGCGGUCUGGUCGUCGCCCUCCUCCUCUCAACGGCCCGAGGCUUCCUGAACUUCUCGGAGGAUGACGUCCCUGAUGAAUGGGUGCUGCUGCACGUGGUCCAGGGCCACAUCGGGGCGGGGAACUACAGCUACCUGCGCCUCAACCACGACGGCAGGAUCAUCCUGCACAUGCGCAGCCUGAAGGGCGAUGCUGACUUGUACGUGUCCGACAAGACGCUGCGGCCGAGCUUUGACACCUACAAGCUGCAGUCGGUGACCUGCGGCCAGGACGUGGUGGUGGUGCCGGGGGACUUCACGAGGCCCGUGGGCAUCGGGAUUUACGGCCACCCGUCGUACAAGGAGAGCGAGUUUGAAAUGCGGGUGUUUUACGAUCAGACGGUGCUGCAGGACCCGUUCGAAAAGGGCUUGAACCCAUUAGACGACGGACACCCGCAAAACAGGUCGCCUCAGUCCACGGACGAGGACUUUCAGGAGGAGGAGUCGAUCUUUUGGACGAUCCUAAUCGGACUUUUGAAGAUUAUACUUGAGAUUUUGUUUUGAAAGUGGGUUUUUUUUCUUUCCUUCUUUUCUCUCUCUCUGCUGCUGCUGCUGUAUCAGAAGGAGGAGAUUACUUCCUGUGUGUUGGCUCAGUUAGUUUCAAUUAAUUAAAAGAUUAUUUUUCUUUUCAAUCUGUACGGAUGGGAAUGUGUCACGCCAGACUCCAGUGGGAACUCAAGCAUUUAAACAUAUUUCCUUUUACUUGUGAUCAAACAUACAAACAUAACACCUUAAAAACAGUUGAAGUUAAAUCUGUUUCCAGUCAUAAGUCUCUGUGUUUGACGAUACUCACAUGAAUGAAUUUAACAGGGUGUUUUUUUGCCUUUUUCAUACACAGAGAGAAUGAAGUGCAUUAAGGUUCAAAAACAGGUUUCUACAUUUGAGCCUCUGGGUGACAAAAAAAAGGUCAAGAGGUUAAACAUUUGUGGCAUCUUUUUAAAGGAGCAGUUUGUAGAAUUUAGUGGCACCAAGUAGCACAGACUUUGCCGAAAUUUAAUAUAUUAAAUAAGUUUUAAUUAGAGUUAAAUCACCUUUAUAUCUACUGAGGGUUUCUACAGUAGCUCAUAAUGGUUUCACUUUGUGGCACUAAAUUUUACGCACUACUCCUUUUUAAAAGAAGUUAAUACAACACCCACAUGUCCAUAAUUAUUAUGUUUAGAGAGUUAUCGGUCGCUGUGAUGAUUCCUCCUGUUCAUAUCGGCUCUAAAGUGAUCAUUUCCUACCUCAACUACAAUAUAAGAGACAGGAGGAUAGAUUAAAUCUGUGGUCCUCAUUGAGUCUCUGUCCAAGGAUCUUUACAUCUUCUACGUGUCUUUAUAUUCUCGUGUCUUUAUUCAGAGCUGGCAGGAAAACGAGGGAAGAGAGAGAACGAUAAUCCUGCUGGACCGGGAAUCGAUGUAGAGGGUUAUCAUUUCAUCAUCAGCAUUUAAAGACGACAAUCUGAUAAUCAGUUAAAACAAAAAGAGACAAAAGUUGGACUAAAAUACAAGAGUAAAAAAAGAAAGAUCUGGAGUAUCAAACUUUCCUUUUUUUUUAUUUCUGGAGGCUUUUACGACCUGAUUUCAUCACCAGGAACUGAAAUUAAUUAGUCGUUACCGAUGUUUAAAUGUUAAUUUAACAGAUUCCCUGAUGGACAGACAGCCAAACUUUUAUCUGUUGUCUAUUGGAGGUAAUUCAGUGCGGUUAUUGGGCUUAUAAGGGGCAUUUAUGGACUACACAGCAGACUGCUAAUAGAAAGAAGCAGGGUGACGGCUGAAUGGUUAAAUAUGUGUAG